AACACGUCGCAAAGUUUAAAUGUUCUUUGUUUUGGAAUCGCUUUCCUGCCCCCAAGCCUCAAAAUCAGAAGCCAUAAAAUGUAUGACAGGUAUGUCAAAUAUCACACAUAUCUGAUAGUUUUAUCGCACAAGAAGCUUCUAAUUUAAAAGCGUCUGUUAAACAUAACGCAGACCGACAAGUGCCAUUGUCCGUCGAUGUUUUUUGCUAGCAUUUUUUUACACGGCUUAGCUUCGUUCCUCUCACGCCUAAGCGAACCAUUGUCACGGCAACCCAAUGAAUGUUAAUGUUUUUGUCAAGUAAAUCAGCAGUUAGUAUGGAGGAAAACGAGUUUACACCAUUGACGGUGCCCACGGAUUAUUUCCAGCAGUGGUACCAGUCAAGCCAGCAGCACCCUGAGGUUCAGCAUGUAAUGUCCCACCACAACCACUAUAGCGAGGGGCUAAGGGAUGAGCCCGUCAUGGCCGAACUGUCGGUACACAGGGAACAGCCGCUCUGCCAGGAGCAGUUUUAUCAGAACUACUCCCACUACCAGGAGCCCGUCUACCAGCAAGAUCAGCAUCCUGCUUACCUGCACCAACAACAACAAUAUCCAGUACAACAGCAGCAGCAGGGGCCUCAGUUUGAACAUGCAGUACAACACCACCAACCCCAGUAUCAACAUUCAACACAGGAGGAGGAGCUCAAUGUUCAGCACCAACCUCCACCUGCUACUCCACCUCAAGUGGUGACGCCGGUGAAGAAAAAGCGAGGCCGCCCGCCCAAGAAUCCGCGUGAAGUAGGAGGUGGAGGAGGAGGAGGAACGGUAAAAGAGGAAGAGGAGGAUGCAAGCGAGGCUGCGGCAAAGAAGGCCAAAAGGACGCUGAAUCGCUUCAACGGCAUGUCAGUGGCUGAGGUUAUGGCCAAAACGCUGCCUGACGUUAUUACCUACAAUCUUGACAUUUUGAUCGUGAGUUAUAAAGAGCAUACCGUAUACGAAUUCCUUAAUCAUGAAACGUGUGCACAAUUCUCAGAAGACACCUGGUCAGGGUAUUUUAUUUUUUUGACUGAAGAGCGUGUGAUUUUCUUUUGGAUGGAUUUCUAUGGUAAUAUUUCUCCUCAGAUUGGAAUUAAUCCAGGACUGAUGUCGGCCUAUAAAGGACACCACUACCCCAACCCUGGCAACCAUUUCUGGAAAUGCUUAUUUCUGUCAGGUUUCACUGAGCAGCAGCUGAACUUCAUGCAUGAUGAGAGCCUGCCGGAGAAAUACGGCAUCGGCUUUACAAACAUGGUAGAGAGGACCACACCUGGCAGCAAAGACCUUUCCAGUAAGGAGAUCCGUGAAGGAGGGCGACAGCUGCUUGAAAAGCUGCAAAAAUACAAGCCGCUGAUAGCAGCUUUUAAUGGAAAAGGUAUUUACGAAAUAUUCUGCAAGGAAAUCUUUGGCGUGAAGGCCAAGAACCUAGACUUUGGCUUGCAGCCCUACAAGAUCCCAGACACCGAAACGGUGUGCUACUUGAUGCCUUCCUCCAGUCCUCGUUGUGCCCAGUUCCCCCGCGCACAGGACAAAGUGCACUUCUACAUCAAGCUGAAAGAGCUGCGAGACCACAUGAAAGGUGUCGUACCCCGCCGUGAGGUGCUGGAGACCGACUAUUCUUUUGACCUGCAGCAAGCUAAAGAAGAUGCAAAGAGGAUUGCCAUCAAAGAAGAGCAGGUGGAUCCCGAGUACGAAAGCUAUAGUGAGCAUGAGAAUGUGAGGCAAAGUAAUCCAGGAAACUUUUAUUGAAGUUACAUCAGGAAGGCAAUUUUCCAAACUGGAAUCGGCAAGCAAGAGGAAUCGGACAACAUAAUGCUGAAUUUUCGUGGAAUGCACUAAAAAAAAAAAGGACUACACACGAAUGUUUGAUCCUACACUUCACUGUGCAUGUACUGUAAUAGGUGUAAUAUUUUCCACUAUUUAUUGCAUUUGGUAUCAUCUUUUUGUUCCCCUUUGGUUUCUUAUUUUUGUACUGUAUUUUGAAAUAAUGGAAUUGUGUGACCAUCUAUGUAAAGAAGUAAUUUGUCUUUACGAUUUUUAUUAAAAUCGCAAUGAAGACCAA